UUAUAUUGCCAUUUGAUUGAGAACUACUCAUAUGAAAAUGCAAAACUCGUAUAAAUUAUAUUUUGCAUUAGUUUUGCUCCUGGGAAGUUUACCAGAUAGUAAAACAGUUUAUUGGGCAUGUGAAACCAAUGAUGAUUGCUCUGCAGAUGGUGCAACAUGUUUGGAAGAAAGUAAAUCCUGUAGUUGCGAUGAAUUUGAUUCUGUAUUUUCUAGUGACUUUUCAAAAUGUCUGAAGACGUCGCUGUUUGGUGACACUUGCGAAGAAACUAUUCAAUGCAAUCUUAUGCCAUCUGGAGCCAAUUGUAAAUCAGGGGUCUGCGAUUGCGCCGAUGGGCUCUCAUAUGUUCGUGGACGAUGUAGGCCAGUAAAUGGUCUAGGUCAAUAUUGUGAUUCGGAUUUAGAUUGUUAUUUUGCAUACGAUCGAGAGUCUAUUAAAUGUGAAAAUAACAAUUGUGCAUGCGCUGAUGGGUAUUAUCAAAGAUAUGGAAAUAUUUGCCGUCGCAAAUCAAUGGAAAUCGACGACGCAUGUGUUGUUGACACCGACUGUGAUGAGUUAGGACCAAAUAUUAAGUGUACGAAUCUAAUGUGCCAAUUGCCAAAUGAUAUAGAAGAAACCUCUUUUGAAAGCUUAAAGGAUGAAACUAUAAAAGACGACUCUCAAACAUCAAAGAACUUAAAAACAGAAAAAUAUGAAAGUGAAGAUACAGUAAAAAAUGGAAAUAGUAUAUUUACUGACACUGAAACUGAAACAGAAUCUUUAUCAAACAAUAAUAAAUCCCGAGAAAUCGCAGUGCAAACUAGUAUCGAAAAUUAUGAACUCAGACUUUUAAAUCCUCAAUUAAAAAAUGUUGGUACUGUGACAAGAUCUACAAGUACCAGUAGCAAAAAACAAAGUUACAAACGACGCAAUAUACUUUUUUAUAAAAACGAUGAUGAGGAAAAAACCUUAUCAACACUUUCUAACACUGAUGAUGAUAUUGUUGGGAAAAAAUAUGGAAGCUUAUGUACAGACAACGGAAAAGCGUGUGAUGGACUUUCACAUUCUAUCUGCUCAAAUGAGUUAUGUCUUUGUAAGUUGGGUUACUAUCCCAAAAAUGGGAGAUGCAUUGCUGAGCUUGGAGAGAUAGCGGAGAGCUCUACAGAAUGCGAACAUACUUUCCAUGAUAUAUCUAGAAAAUGUAUUUGCCAAAAGAAUUACUUUUACGAGCGUAGUUUACGAGCAUGCAGAAAACCAAUCCAAUAUCACUUAUCAUGCACAUCAAACAGUCAAUGCAGUCCGUUUGGCGCCGCUUUUUGCAGCUCCGAGAUACCACGGCGUUGCACCUGUGUGGAAUUUGCAUCGUAUGAUGAAUUGCGUCAAAUGUGUCUAUAUAAUGAAGGUUUAGGUGCAAAUUGUGACACAAAUGAUGCCUGUCCGGUUGAAAAUUCAGAAUGCGUUAACCAUUACUGUGUCUGCAAAGAAAACUUUUUCGAAAAAAAUGACGCUUGUGUGGCAGGAAUUGGUGCAAAGUGUGACACUGAUGAGAAUUGUGUAGUGGAAAACGCAACCUGUAAAGAUCAUGAAACUGUUAGUCACCGUAACGAAGAAGGUCAAAAAUCAUGUCAAUGCGUAAAGGGAUAUGUGCAUUUCAAAGAUGAGUGCCUUAAAGAAGUUGAAGAAAUUGAAGAGCCAUGUGUUGCAAAUGAGCAGUGCACACCUUUGUUAGCAACUUGUAUUGAUAAGAAAUGCAGUUGUACCGCUGAACAACACUUUAAAUAUGGACAGUGUGAAAACAGAAAAGGUAUUGGAGAAUCAUGUUCCAGAGCUGGACAGUGCUUUAUUGAAAAAGAUUCGGAAAACGUUGAAUGCCGUAACUCAAUUUGCCAGUGUAAAGUUGGUUUUCAAAGUGAUUUAGAACAAAAGUCAUGCAUACGUGUGCUGCCUAACAAAAAAAAUUCUUCCUCAAGACCAAGUGCUCUUAAAAUAAUAACGUUUUUAUUGAUUGGAUCAGCAUUCCUAAUAACAUGUGCCGCUAUUAAGCAAGCCUAUUACUAAGAUACCAAUGGUAGUGGCAUCAUUAUUAUUAUUAACUUUUAAAAUAAUAGCUUAAGUCAAUUCAGUUUUUAAUAUACAAAAAUACGAAUAGU